CAAUGCGCUGGGAGGUGCGACGUCCGCGGCGGGGCGGCGGGGGUAGUGACGGGGGCGCGGGCGUCGGGAGCGCGCUGUCCCGCCAUGAAGCAAGAGGAGGAUGCCAGCCCAGAGGCUGGCUUCUGUCUGGGUGCCGCCCUGCAGUCCUGGGGGCUGCAGUUGACGGAACAGCAUUCACAGUCCACCAUGCUGAUGGGGAUUGUGAUUGGAGCCCUCCUGGCCCUGGCCCUCGUUGGCAUCACCGUCUUCUUUGUGUACAGAAGGGUUAACCGAUUCCGACAAGUACAGCCCACUCCUCAGUACAGGUUCCGGAAGAGAGACAAAGUGAUGUUUUAUGGCCGGAAGAUCAUGAGGAAGGUGACCACGCUGCCCCACACACUUGUGGGGAGCACAGCAGCCCCCCGGCAGCGGGUGAGGAAGAGGACCAAGGUGCUGUCUUUGGCCAAGAGGAUUCUGCGUUUCAAAAAGGAAUACCCAACCCUGCAGCCAAAGGAACCACCACCCUCCCUGCUGGAGGCUGACCUCACGGAGUUUGACGUGAAGAAUUCUCACCUGCCGUCAGAAGUGUUGUACAUGCUGAAGAACGUGCGGGUCCUGGGCCACUUCGAGAAGCCACUGUUCCUGGAGCUUUGCAAACACAUGGUCUUCGUGCAGCUUCUCGAAGGGGAACAUGUCUUCCAGCCGGGGGAGCCGGAUACCAGCAUCUAUGUGGUGCAGGAUGGGCGCCUGGAAGUCUGCAUCCAGGACGCGGACGGCACUGAGGUGGCGGUCAAAGAGGUUCUGGCCGGAGACAGCGUCCACAGCCUCCUCAGCAUCCUGGACGUCAUCACCGGCCACACUGCUCCAUACAAAACCGUGUCUGCCCGCGCUGCUAUCCCUUCCACCGUCCUCCGGCUCCCAGCGGUGGCUUUUCAAGGAGUUUUUGAGAAGUAUCCUGAAACCCUGGUGAGGGUGGUGCAGAUCAUCAUGGUGCGGCUGCAGAGGGUCACCUUUCUGGCUCUGCACAACUACCUGGGCCUGACCACAGAGCUCUUCAACCCGGAGAGCCAGGCCAUCCCCCUGGUGUCUGUGGCCAGUGUGGCUGCCGGGAAGGUCAGAAGGCAGGCAUGCUGUGUCUCCGAGGAUCGUCUUGAGAGGCCCCUGCGGCCCCAGGAGUCCUGCGAUCCAGCAGAUCGAGGGGGCAGCCGUGCAGCAGCCUCUGGGCCUCUGCUGCAGAGGAGCCAGUCCUUCCCGCUGCCUUCUGUCCACGAAGAGAUCCUGGAUGAGUUCGGCAAGGCCCAGGCAGGUGACCAGGCCCCUUUCGCUCCACCAGGGAGCACCUCAGACCUGAGGAUGGCGUGUGACCGUGCCAGGGUCCUCCUCCAUGCAGAGGAACGCCCUGGGAGCGCCGUGGCCAGCAAGUCCAAGAAGAGCGUGAUUGUUGCAGACGCUCCCUCUGCAGUCUUCCAGUACUCAGAGACUAACUCAGAUGAGACUGUCUCCAGCAGGAAGACAGAUGCCAUUCUCAGGGCCGCCAAGAAGGACUUGCUCACCCUGAUGAAGCUGGACGACGCCUCGCUCUUGGAUGGCCGGGUGACGCUUCUCCAUGUUCCGGGGGGCACAGUGGUGUCGAGGCAGGGAGACCAGGACGUGAACAUCCUCUUUGUGGUCUCGGGGCUGCUGCACGUGUACCAGCGGAAGAUUGACUGUGAGGAGGACACCUGCCUGUUCGUCGUGCGCCCCGGGGAGGUGGUGGGGCAGCUGGCCGUGCUCACGGGGGAGCCCCUCAUCUUCACCAUCAAGGCCAACAGGGACUGCAGCUUCCUCUCCAUCUCCAAGGCACACUUCUAUGAAAUCAUGCGGAAGCAGCCGACGGUGGUCCUGGGUGUCGCGCACACCGUGGUGAAGCGAGUGUCGUCGUUCGUGCGGCAGAUCGACUUCGCGCUGGACUGGAUGGAGGUGGAGGCCGGGCGCGCGGUAUACAGGCAGGGGGACAAGUCAGACUGCACCUACAUCGUCCUCAGUGGCCGGCUACGCUCGGUGAUCCGGAAGGACGACGGCAAAAAGCGCCUGGCGGGGGAGUAUGGCCGCGGAGACCUCAUUGGUGUGGUGGAGACGCUCACCCACCAGGCCAGGGCGACGACAGUGCAUGCUGUUCGGGACUCCGAGCUGGCCAAGCUUCCGACAGGAGCCCUGACAUCCAUCAAGCGCAGGUACCCACAGGUUGUGACGCGGCUGAUUCAUCUCUUGGGUGAGAAGAUUUUGGGCAGCCUCCAGCAGGGAACUGCGACAGGUCACCAGUUUGGGCUGCACACCACAGGCAGCAAGUGGGACUCGGGGAACCCCGCCAGCAACCUCUCCACGGUGGCUGUCAUGCCUGUGUCCGAGGAUGUGCCCCUCACCGCCUUUGCCCUGGAGCUCAAGCACGCCCUCAGUGCCAUCGGCCCCAUCCUGCUGCUGACCAGUGACAACAUAAAACAGCGCCUUGGCUCCGCUGCUCUGGACAGUAUCCACGAGUACCGGCUGUCCAGCUGGCUGGGGCAGCAGGAGGACAUCCACCGGAUCGUGCUCUACCAGGCGGACAGCACGCUAACACCUUGGACCCAGCGCUGCAUCCGGCAAGCUGACUGCAUCCUCAUCGUGGGCCUGGGCGAGCAGGAGCCCACGGUGGGCGAGCUGGAGCGGAUGCUGGAGAGCACAGCCGUGCGUGCCCAGAAGCAGCUGAUCCUGCUGCACCGGGAGGACGGGCCAGCACCCUCCCGCACCGUCGAGUGGCUGAACAUGCGGAGCUGGUGCUCUGGCCACCUGCACCUCUGGUGCCCCCGCCGCGUCUUCUCCAGGAGAAGCAUGCCCAAGCUGGUGGAAAUGUACCAGCGAGUCUUCCAGAGGCCCCCAGACCGGCACUCGGACUUCUCCCGCCUUGCUCGGGUGCUGACUGGCAACGCCAUUGCCUUGGUGCUUGGGGGAGGGGGGGCAAGAGGCUGUGCCCAGGUCGGCAUCAUCCGGGCCCUGACGGAGUAUGGCAUCCCUGUGGACAUGGUUGGAGGGACGUCCAUCGGGGCCUUCAUGGGGGCCCUGUACUCCGAGGAGCGGAACUACAGCCAGAUACGGAUCCGGGCCAAGCAGUGGGCUGAGGACAUGACAUCGAUGGUGAAGACUGUGCUGGACCUGACCUACCCUAUCACGUCCAUGUUCUCGGGGGCCGGCCUUAACAGCAGCAUCUGUAGCGUCUUCAAGGACCGGCAGAUCGAGGACCUGUGGAUCCCCUACUUCACCAUCACCACAGAUAUCACGGCCUCUGCAAUGCGGGUCCACACGGAUGGCUCCCUGUGGAGGUACGUGCGUGCCAGCAUGUCUCUGUCAGGCUACAUGCCUCCCCUCUGCGACCCCAAAGAUGGACACCUGCUGAUGGACGGGGGCUACAUCAACAACCUGCCAGCGGAUGUGGCCAGGUCUAUGGGGGCAAAGGUGGUGAUUGCCAUUGACGUGGGCAGCCAGGACGAGACGGACCUCACCAACUACGGCGACGCCCUGUCUGGGUGGUGGCUGCUCUGGAAGCGCUGGAACCCCUUGGCCUCAAAAGUCAAGAUGCUUCGACGGCAGCAGGUGUUGAACAUGGCAGAGAUCCAGACACGCCUGGCCUAUGUGUGCUGCGUCCGGCAGCUGGAGAUGGUGAAGAACAGUGAGUACUGUGAGUACCUGCGCCCCCCCAUCGAUAGCUACGGCACUCUGGACUUCGGCAAGUUCAACGAGAUUUGCGAAGUGGGGUACCAGCAUGGGCGGACAGUGUUUGACAUCUGGGGUCGGAGUGGUGUGCUGGAAAAGAUGCUGCAGGACCGACAGGGGACAAGCAAGAAGGCAUGUGAUGUCCUCACCUGCCCCAACGCCUCCUUCACUGACCUUGCCGAGAUUGUGUCACGCAUUGAACCCGCCAAGGUAGCCACGGUGGACGACGAGUCUGACUACCAGACCGAGUAUGAGGAGGAACUGCCAGACGGCCCAAGGGAUGCGUAUGCUGACUUCCAGAGUGCCCCGGCCCACGUGGGCUCGGACUCGGACGACGAGUCCUCACUUCGGCAUCGGAGCCCCAGUCUGGCUUCCCAGGACUGCCCCCGGACUCCUGCCCCUAGCACUCUGACCAGGAUGGGUAGAGGUCUCCACUCAGAUGCACCCUAGAGCAGCAUCUGCUGUGGGCCUCCCUCAGAGACCCUGGCUCCUACAGCUCCUGGGGCUCUUCCCAGCGGGCCAGGAAGACCGGCUGGGGCCUAGGGCCCGUGAGCCACUGAGUCCAGCUUCUCUUGUGCUGGAGCCCAAGCUGCGCUGGGUGCCUCUGCCCGUCUGCACUGGCAGCUUCUGGUGGGGCUCUCGGUCCUGGCACCCUCUGUGCACAACGGCAGUCCCAGGGGCCGUGCCCGCCCCCGCGGGGCUCUCGGAGGCCUCGGAGACCUGUCGGAGCCCCUGGUGCACCUGCUUGAUGUGUCAAUAAAGGUAGAUCUGACUGUGUGUGGACAUGUCCCUUGCCCAGGUCCUCGUGGCAGAGAGGAACACGAUGGCCCUGACUGGAGCCGGGGAGCAGCCGCGGCCCCCAUCACUGGUCCACCGUGGGGUUGGGG